UAAACUUUUUAAAUCCCAUCGAAUACAGCCCCCUAAUUUUGCAAUCGAAUUUUCAAGAGUGCCCCAAAAAUUCAACAAUGGCAUCGUCGGAAAAGCGAUGCCUGUACGAGGUGCUUGGCUUGAACCGCGACUGCACACCCGACGAAAUUCGGUCGGCUUACAAGAAAAUGGCUCUCCAGCGCCAUCCGGAUAAGCUAGUUCAGUCUGGCGUCCCCGAAGCCGAAGCCGAAGCCACAGCUGCCUUUCAAGAACUCGUCAACGCAUACGAGGUUCUCUCCGACUCGAAGGAGCGUGCGUGGUAUGACUCCCAUCGUUCACAAAUCCUAUUUUCUUCCAACAAUUCUUCCAAAUCCUCGGGUCCUGUCCCUGAUUUAUUCUCUUUCUUCUCCAAGUCGGUUUACUCCGGGUAUUCAGAUUCCGGGAGGGGGUUCUAUAAGGUAUACGGGGAAAUAUUUGAGAAAAUUUACGCUACUGAAUUCAAUUUUGCGAAGAGGUUAGGAUUUCCAUUGCCGAAGGAAGCUCCGGUCAUGGGCAAUUUGGAGAGUCCCUAUGCUCAGGUGACUGCAUUUUAUAACUAUUGGUUAGGAUUUGUGACAUCUAUGGACUUUUGUUGGGUAGAUCAGUAUGAUGUGAUGACAGGACCAAACAGGAAGUCGAGAAGGGUAAUGGAGGAUGAGAAUAUGAAGUUGAGGAAAAAGGCAAAGAGGGAGUAUAAUGACACAGUAAGGGGAUUGGCAGAGUUUGUGAAAAAGAGGGAUAGGAGGGUCAUCGAUAUGCAGGCCAAAAGGAAUGAGGAGAUGGAGAAAAAGAGAGAACAGGAAAGACAGAGAAAGAAGGAGUUGGAGAAACAGAAGGCGGAGAAGGCAAGGAAUUAUGAGGAGCCUGAGUGGACGAUGGUCGAGGAGGUGGAGAGUGAAGAGAGUGAGGAUGCUGUAGAAGAGGAUGCAAAGAGAAAGGAGUUGUAUUGUGUAGCUUGUGGAAAGAAGUUCAAGAGCGAUAAGCAAUGGAAGAACCACGAGCAGUCUAAGAAGCAUAAGGAGAAAGUGGCAGAAUUGAGGGAAGAAUUUGAUGAGGAAGACAGAGAAUUUGAAGAGACAGAGGGGAAUGAAAGGAAGGACGAGGAAGAAGAGGAGGGUUAUUUUUCAGCAGAUGAUGAGGUGAAUGAUUUACGAAACCAAUUCGAGGAUAGUAUUGGAAUUCAAGGGCAGGAGAGCGAUGAGGAAAACGCUGAAUCUAGCGAGGAUGAUGGGAUUGUCGAUAUUGAUAAUGGCCGUAGAUCAAGGCGAGUCAGUGCUGAGAUGGAAUCAGAUGAUGAUGAAGCGAGUCUUCUUGAAGCAAUGGUGUCGGGGCAUAAGACCAGGAAGAAGUUAGAUGCCAGGCACCAGACCAAGGUGCCUGAAAAGAAAAUUCAGAUGGAGGUCGAUGUUGAUGAGAUGGAUUUCAUGGAAUGCAACAACACAAAGGGUUCUCGAAGCAACAUGGGAGGCAGGAGGCAGAGGGGUAGAACACAAGAAGAAGAAACAAUAAGAGCUGAUGUUAUACAGGCUAAUGGUAAGACAACCCAUAUGCAAGAAGAAGAAACAAUAAGAGCUGAUGUUGCAGAGGAUAAUGGUGAGCUUGAGGAACAGAAUGGACAAGAUGAUGACUCCCAUGUUGAGGUGUCAACAUCCCAUCCUCUACAAGAAUCUGCCACUGAGGGCAAAGGAGAUGAUGCAUCAAUCAGUGGUCAUAAGCUUCCAAAGCAAGCUGUGAACAAUAAAAAUACAACAAAGAAGUCUAAUGCUUCCAAAUUAAAGGUUGCUCCCAAAGGCAGGAAACAAAAGGUGGCAGCGAAAACAUUUGGCAAUGUCUGCGAGAAGUGUGGGAAGGAAUUUGAAUCAAGGAAUAAACUGCACAAGCAUUUAGGAGAAACUGGUCAUGCUUCCCUAAAAUUUGAAUGAUUCUGGAUUGCUUACGAUUGACAAUGCAGGUGCUACUCGUUCUUUGGUUAAGCGUGUUUCAGGCUUACUCAAGUCAGAUGCCCAUAGAUUGGCACCAUCCCAAUGUCUAACUCUGAGUGAAAUGAAAAUCAAAAUUUAAAGUCAAAAUUUGAUUUUGCCUUGACACCAUAAGUCUCCAAGAGCAGUGUGUUCGUAUACGCCCACAUGGUCUUACAUCGUCAUAGAAUCAGGGUCUGCCUGAUCAGAUUUUGUCACCAUUUUUGUAUUUUAAGAAAACACACGACUGAACUGUAAAAACAAGUUUGUGUGAUGCUCCACUUGUGGGUCGCAUUAAAUGAGCUACCUACAAAAUUGAUCUAUACUUUAUGCUCUUUGUAGUUACAUUGCAAAGGGAAAAUUACAGUAGGCGUCUUUUAACUUUUUUACGUCUUUUUGCAA